AUGACUCAACAUAUUCAGGAAAUGUGUGGUUUUAUUUUGAAAAGGGAUAUUCCAACUAUAUUGUACGAAGAUAAUGCUGCAUGUAUUGCUCAACUGAAAGGAGGAUACAUUAAAGGAGAUAGAACAAAACAUAUUUCACCAAAGUUCUUUUUUACUCAUGAUCUUGAAAAGAAAGGUGAGAUAGAUGUUCAACAAAUUCGCUCGAUCGAUAAUUUGGCGGAUCUGUUCACUAAAGCAUUACCAACCUCGACAUUUGAGAAGCUGAUAUACAAGAUUGGAAUGCGUCGUCUUCGAGAAUUAAAAAUUGACAACUGUAAAGCAUCAUUUCUGGUAAUAUGUGGAGUUCUUAAAAUUGUCCAAUAG